UGUUGGGGGCCCAUCCGUAAGUCUAUAUUGAUACGGUUCAUGGUUCUAGAUCAAAAUGAGGAAAAGACAGAAGAGAGUGCGAAAGCUUAUCAGUUUCUACAAGAACAAUUUUGGACUUGAAACUCCUUACAAUAUCCUAGUGGAUGGAACAUUUAGUAAGUCAGCACUGACAUUUAAGGUCAACAUAAGUGAUCAGAUGCCACGUUACUUGGAGGGAGAGGUCAACGUUAUAACAACUGAAUGUAUUAAAGAAGAAUGUGCGGCUUUCGGUACACUUCUGUAUGGGCCUCUGAAGAUUCUGCAGCAGUUUAAAGUCCAGCAAUGUAAACAUAAGAAACCAGUCAAGGCAGCCACGUGUAUCCAGUCGAUUGUGAAUAAAAGUCCACCAGGGAAACUUCUGAUUGCUACUCAGGAUCACGAACUAAGAGAAAUGUUGAGAGAGACCCACCCUGGCGUACCGCUCUUGUUCAUGGCUUAUAAUGCUAUCAACAUGGAAUCUCCCACUGAACUGUCCAAAGGAAAGGCAGACGAGGAGUUACAAGCACGCAUUGCUCCCGCAGAGCAUCAUAUGGAAGUAUUGAAAAAACUCAAAGUUCAGGCAUUUGGAGAACAACCUGUGACGAAAAAAUUCAAAAGAAAAGGACCUAAGGGGCCAAACCCAUUGUCCUGUAAAAAGUCGAAAAAGGCAGAAAAGAACAAAGCAAAAAAAUCAUUUCUAGAAAGUGCAGUUGACAAAAGAAAGCGGAGAAAAAGAAAUCGUGUGAAACAUUUGAAAAACUCUGAACUUAGUGUACAUUUGAGUGAUGCAGUGAAGAGCUAACGUAGGUGUAUUUGUUAAUAAAGGUAUAUUUUAUGUAAAAGAAUG